AGGCUCUCUCUCUCUCUCUCUCUCUCUCUCUGGGAUUGGCUUGUGGAAAAGAGAAAAGCGAAAAUGGGAGCACUCGAUUACCUCUCCAACUUUUGCACUGUUGUGAGCACCUCCUCCUCCAGGCGCAAACCAAUGCAGACUGUUGAGAUCAAAGUUAAAAUGGACUGUGAUGGCUGUGAACGAAGAGUCCGAAAUGCUGUCACCCACAUGAAAGGAGUGAAAUCUGUGGAGGUGAACAGAAAACAAAGCCGUGUAACAGUAAGUGGAUAUGUAGAUCCAAACAAGGUGUUAAAGAGGAUUAGAAGAACAGGCAAAAAAAGAGCAGAGUUUUGGCCUUAUGUUCCUCAACAUCUGGUUCGUUUUCCUCAUGCUUCCGGUGUCUACGACAAGAGGGCGCCGGCCGGCUAUGUCCGGAACGUUGUUCAGUCAUCGGCGAUGACAUCGAACACGCCAGAGGAGCAAUUCAUGACCUUCUUUAGCGAUGAUAAUGUAAAUGCUUGUUCCUUAAUGUAAUUAACGAUACUAUGUGAUACUUAAUUGUCAUGUCAUUUAAAAAAAAAAAGGCGUCAACUUUUUUGUUUA